UGCAAGCAGUUAGAGCAGUCUCCAGAGAGCAGCAUGUUCUCCUUGCUCUUUGGGGUUGGACUGGUGGUUCUGAACCUAGGGAGCUCUGCAAGGAGCCAGAAGACAGAACCUCUUAGUGGCUCUGGGGAGCAGCCCCUCUUCCGUGGUGCGUAUCGAUAUGACUUUGCCGUCAUGAUCCCUCCAGGAGGCACAGAAUGCUUUUGGCAAUUUGCCCACCAAACUGGAUACUUCUAUUUCAGUUAUGAGGUUCAGCGGACACUGGGAAUGUCACAUGACCGGCAUGUUGCUGCCACUGCACAUACCCCACAGGGUUUCCUUAUAGACACCUCUAAGAAUGUUCGGGGCCAGAUUAACUUCUCUACCCAAGAGACAGGUUUUUAUCAGCUUUGUGUAAAAAAUCAGCAAAAUCGCUUUGGUUCUGUGCAAGUAUACCUCAAUUUUGGAGUCUUCUAUGAGGGGCCUGAGAUGGACCACAAAGAGAAGAAAGAAAGAAAACAACUGAAUGAUACUUUGGAUGCAAUUGAGAAAAGUACACGAAAGCUGCAGAACAAUAUCUUUCACAUGUGGCGAUACUACAACUUCGCUCGCAUGAGAAAAACGGCUGACUCUUUCCUACUCCAGUCAAACUAUAACUAUGUGAAUUGGUGGUCGACAGCCCAGAGCCUUGUUAUUAUUCUUUCUGGGAUCCUGCAGCUGUAUUUCGUGAAGCGUCUCUUCAACAUCCCAACGACUACAGACACAAAGAAGCCAAGAUGCUAAGCUCGAACAACUACAGUGCCCCUGGCUCUUUUCUUCUGGGGCACAAGCUCUCUCAAAUCUUUGUAAAGUUAUCGGGGAAAAAACUUUUCUUGUUAGGCAGUUGUAGCCUAUUGCGCUCAUCUACACAGGCAAAAUAGCAAUAAAUAAAAGUGUGUAAGCUUUCGACGUUGACUAUUUCUAAAGUACACACUAAAUGCUACCAUCAAAAUACUGUCCAUCGUACUGCAGCCCCUUAACCUUCACUAUGUCUAUUUAGAAAUUAACAGAGAACCUUGGAAGGGAGAAAAGUUGAAAAAAAUGGGACUAAAACAUAUAAAACUGGGUUUUAUAUGUUUAUGUUGCAUACAAAAACAGGAGUAGGUAGAGUGCUUUUUUGUAAUUGAAAAAUGAUUUAUUUUUAGAGAUGUCACCUUUGGAAUUUAAAUUAAGCAGUAUAUGCACUAAAGAAAUUGCUUUACAAUACAGGUACUUAAAAAUUUUUUUUGUCUGUGAUAUGUUUUUCACUAAAAAAUAUUUUAGUAAUUCUAAAAAUAAUUUUGGAAGGCAUGGGAGAAGGAUGAAGGAGCUAAAUUAUUAUUUCA